CGUACGUAUCAUUUUAUUUUUAUUUUAUUUUAUUUUAUUUUAUUUUAUUUUAUUUUUUUUUUUUUGGCUUAUCCUUCGAGACAUUGGACUCUUGAGACCUAACCAUGCUUGUACGAGAAGCUUCCGCGUUCGACCAUAGUCGCGAUCUUAUUCUGAUGAUCAACCAACUGCGAGACAAGCUCCCACGGCCUAUAUUCGGUAUAGGACACAGCAUGGGUGCAACCCAGUUGAUGAACGUAUCUCUCAUGCACCCCAGGAUCUUCCAAGGCCUUUGCUUGGUGGAACCAAUUGUGUUCCCCUACUCCGCGGAAAACCAAGGCAGAUACCCUCCAGCACAAGCAUCCAUGCGUCGAAGAGAGACCUUCGACAGCCUAGAUACGGCAAUAUCGCAGUUUCGAAACAGCGCUACAUUCCAAAAAUGGGACUCACGAGCAUUUGACAUGUGGAUUAAAUACGGGCUCCGUCGUGCUCCUGGAGAUCAUGCAGGGAGAGUCACAUUAACAACGACGAAGAGCCAAGAACUAUUUACCUUUGUUCGACCAAUCUUUAUUUCAAAGUCCCCGGAAGACCGACGCCUGGGUUUCCCAGAUCUAUCUUUAGAGGCGCCUUCUGAUAUCCUCUUUUACCGCCCGGAGCCAGUGAUUACAUUCCACAACCUUCCACAUUUGCGCCCAUCGACACUAUAUAUUUUCGGUGAUCGCUCGCAGCUUAUAAGCCGUCAACUGCGGGACUCCAUUGCACACAGAACUGGAGUUGGCAUUGGUGGAGGUGGGGGGUUAACAAAAGGUCAAGUCAAGUAUAUCGUCGUGCGAGAUACUGGGCAUUUUGGACCGAUGGAGGAUCCUAGGGCUUUGGCCGAAAAGACUGUCGAAUGGCUCAAAGCAGGGGUUGAGCAGUGGGCUUUUCUGAAACAAUCAAGUCUUCUGAAUUCUAACAGUCAAGUUAGUCAGGACUUUCUGAGCUCCUUGGCAGGCAGCCACCAGGCAGGCAAGCAAGAAUUUCGCCAUCACAAGUUGUGACGAGAGGAAAAGUGAGAACGAGUUUCGCCUGUCCAUUGCUGCCAGCAGUUACCUCAGCUGUCACAACCAAAAAGUAAUAUAUCCAUCUGUGGCCCUCAACUGAGUCUUGGAACUGUCUCCUGCUUCAUGAUGCAGCCUUUUCUCUAGUAUUGUAAAGUUCACCGGCCAGAGACUCGACGUUGAGAAUUGGAGGCAGUUGCAGAGAGAGAGAGAGAGAGAGAGAGAGAUUCAGUGCUUUCACUAUGCCUUCUAUUCUCGCAGUGUAUUCGGUGACUAUAUUAUAGAACCAGCGACAUGCACAGACGAAUCC